AUGGUUGAUGGAUCAGCUUCAACAGCUGUUGCGACAUUUUAUCGACGCGCCAAAGCCCUUUAUGACGCCGACUAUGAGCGAGACGGAAUUACCUUGGUGCAGUCAAUGCUUCUAAUGGGAUGGUACUGGGCUGGCCCUGAUGACAUAUCCAAGAACAUGUUCUAUUGGAGUCACUCCGCAAUCGCUGUUGCUCAGAGUCUCGGUCUACAUCGCAGCAUGGAAAAUUCAACAUUGUCAAUCAGUGAAAAGAGACUCCGUAAGCGCAUUUGGUGGACGCUAUUUACUCGAGAUCGCACUCUCGCCGUUGGCCUGGGACAGUCGGUAUCCCUCAACCUCGACGAUUGCGAUGUCGAUAUGAUCGCCGAUGAUGACUUCAUCGAGCAUGAUGGGAAUGAUAUUGACGAAUACCCACCAGACCCAACUCAGGUGGGAUUCUUCGUUCAGUACGUGAAGCUGUGUAAGCUCAUAGGACUUGUCGCAUCAAAAUAUUCCAACUUAUCCAGUGGUGGCCAGGACUGGGAUGGUAUCAACUCUAUUGCUACGUCCCUAUCCAAAUGGAACCAGGAGUGCCCUGCUCCCAUGCGCUGGGAACGAUCAAAGCACCAUUUCUGGUCUGGGAUACUCUACUUGCACUACUUCAGCGCUUGCUGUCUGCUACAUCGGGCAAGUUCGCCUCGCAACAGAAAGACUUUGCAGGAUACAAAACAAUCCUAUGGAUCACGAGAUGGUACAGUUGGCUCAGCCAAUAUGAUUACGUCGAUUGUUGAAGCCCUCAGAGACAAGCAACAGCUACGCCGUUGUCCUCCAUUCAUCGUCCAUAGUCUCUUUUCAGCAGUUGUUAUACACUUACACGUGUCGAAUACGCCGAGUCCUACUACCAGGAGACUUGCCCGGCGACGAGUCAGCACCUGCUUGGAAUCCCUGAAAGAUUUAGCGCAAGUGUGGGCGGUUGGACGAACAGUAGUUACAAUGAUCGAAACGAUUUCUGGCCUCAGCUGUGAUGGGAGGCCGUCCCCUCGCAAGGGCGAAGUCGUUAUCGAUCUGGGAUGUGCCGACGCUACAGAUCAGACUUGCAGCCCUGACAGUCGAAGCCUUACUACAGACAUUAGCGAUAAGACCCAGGCACCCCACGAUCUCCCAGCUUGUUACGAGAAACUGCCUUAUCGCGAAGCAUAUACUUCAGUUGCCAUUGACUCCCAUACGGAAUUCCCCACCACCCACGACUAUCCUACAAAUUUCGACCUCGGUGUUCUUCCAGCCCAAAUUGACUCUAGCAGUCUAUUACCAGAUGCAUAUGUUCACUCAGGACUCCCACCGGGCUCGUUCUUUGUUGAGGAUACGGCCCAAAUUUGUAACCCAAUAACAGAUACAAGUCUCCCGUCAUGGGAUCAGUUUCAGAUGGGCUGUCAGCAAGACUACAGUAUUUCAGUACCUUGGAGUCUCACCCCAGAUCCACUCAUAUUUCUAUAA